GGGCGCCCCCCGGCUCUCGCCGCUCCGGGCGCCGCCACUACUGCUUUUGCUGCUGCUGCCAGUGGCCAGUGCCUCCGAGGCCGAGCACCGUCUGUUUGAGCGGCUGUUCGAAGAUUACAACGAGAUCAUCCGGCCUGUGGCCAACGUGUCGGACCCAGUCAUCAUCCAGUUUGAGGUGUCCAUGUCUCAGCUAGUGAAGGUGGAUGAAGUAAACCAGAUCAUGGAGACCAACCUGUGGCUCAAGCAAGUGCUCAGGACUCAGAUCUCCCAGCUUCUGCACCCAAACACUUCUUGGGCCCAAUGGGAUCAUGGUUCCUUCCCCAGAACCCUUCAGAGGCCAAGCCUGCUUAACCUGGAGAUGGAAGAGGGUUCUAUCUGGAAUGACUACAAGUUGAAGUGGAACCCCUCUGACUAUGACGGGGCAGAGUUCAUGCGUGUCCCUGCGCAAAAGAUCUGGAAGCCAGACAUCGUGCUGUAUAACAAUGCUGUUGGGGAUUUCCAGGUGGAGGACAAGACCAAAGCUUUACUCAAGUACACGGGGGAAGUGACCUGGAUACCUCCAGCCAUCUUUAAGAGCUCAUGCAAAAUCGACGUGACCUACUUUCCAUUUGAUUACCAAAAUUGCACCAUGAAGUUCGGUUCCUGGUCCUACGACAAAGCGAAGAUUGACCUGGUCCUGAUCGGCUCCUCCAUGAACCUCAAGGACUACUGGGAGAGUGGUGAGUGGGCCAUCAUCAAAGCCCCAGGCUACAAACAUGACAUCAAGUACAACUGCUGCGAGGAGAUCUACCCAGACAUCACGUACUCGCUGUACAUCCGGCGCCUGCCCUUGUUCUAUACCAUCAACCUCAUCAUCCCCUGCCUGCUCAUCUCCUUCCUGACCGUGCUCGUCUUCUACCUGCCCUCCGACUGCGGUGAGAAGGUGACCCUCUGCAUCUCAGUCCUCCUCUCCUUGACCGUGUUUCUCCUGGUGAUCACUGAGACGAUCCCAUCCACCUCGCUGGUAAUUCCCCUGAUCGGUGAGUACCUCCUGUUCACCAUGAUUUUUGUAACCUUGUCCAUCGUCAUCACUGUCUUUGUCCUCAACGUGCACUACAGAACCCCGACCACACACACGAUGCCCACGUGGGUGAAGACCAUAUUCUUGAACUUGCUUCCCAGGGUCAUGUUCAUGACCAGGCCAGCAAGCAACGAGGGCAGCUCUCAGAAGCCAAGACCCUUCUACAGUGCUGAGCUCUCAAAUCUGAAUUGCUUCAGCCGCCCAGAGUCCAAAGGCUGCAAGGAAGGCCAUCCCUGCCAGGACGGGAUGUGCGGCUACUGUCACCACCGCAGGAUAAAAAUCUCAAAUUUCAGUGCCAACCUCACGAGAAGCUCCAGUUCUGAAUCUGUUGAUGCUGUGCUGCCCCUCUCUGCUUUGUCACCAGAAAUCAAAGAAGCUAUCCAAAGUGUCAAGUAUAUUGCUGAAAAUAUGAAAGCACAAAAUGAAGCCAAAGAGAUUCAAGACGAUUGGAAGUAUGUUGCCAUGGUGAUUGAUCGUAUUUUUCUGUGGGUUUUCAUACUGGUGUGCAUAUUAGGGACAGCAGGAUUGUUUCUGCAACCCUUGAUGGCAAGGGAUGACGCAUGAGCACUAACCUGUGUGUUUGCCUGAGGCUUACUUGUGUGUGUGCAUGGGGAGGGGCUCUUUUUUUUUAUUUUAUUUUUUAUUGUGGUAAAAUACA